AUGUCCAAAAUUAUUACCGUCUUCGGUGCCACCGGACAGCAAGGCGGCUCUGUGAUCCGUACUAUUCUGCAGGAUGAGACCCUAUCUAAGGAGUUCAAGAUCCGUGGUGUUAGUCGCGAUACUUCAAAGCCGGAGGCUCAAGUUCUGCUGAAGCAGGGGGUCGAGCUUGUCCCGGCUGAUAUGAAUUCCAAGGAGUCCUUGGUGAAAGCCAUUCAAGGAAGUCACUCCGUCUUCCUCGUGACUACUCCCACUUGGGGUUCCGCUGGAUCCGAUGCAGAGCUCGUCCAUGGCAAGAACGUCGCCGAUGUCGCCAAGGAGGCUGGCGUCCAACACCUCAUCUUCUCUUCCCUUCUCGACGUUACCAAAGAAUCAGGUGGCCGACUGAAGCAUGUCCCCCACUUUGAUCAGAAGGCCCACGUUGAGGAGUACAUUCGGUCAUCCGGUGUGCCCGCUACCUUUGUCUUGGCUGGUUAUUUCAUGAACAACUACACUUCAUUUGGCAUGCUGCGCAAGGGCGACGAUGAUGUCUACACUUUGGCCUACCCUGUAGGCAAGGAUGCUCAAUUCCCACUCAUCGAUAUCGCAGGUGAUCUGGGUAAAUUUGUCGCCGCUGCCUUGAAGAACCGUUCCGAGGUUCUCGGCGCCCAAGUCCUUGCUGCGGCAGACUACUACACUCCCACUCGCAUCCUUGCCGAGUAUGAGGAGGUUACGGGAAGGAAGACUCGGUUCGUGCAGGUUGAUACCGAAACCUACAAGAGCUUCAUGCCUAGGUCGAUGGGCGAGGAGAUGCUGGAGAAUCACUUGUUUAUCGAGAGCCCUGGUUACUACAAGGGCCAAAGCCUGCAGGAGAGCCAUGCUCUUCUUGAAAAGGCUGGUUUCCAAGCCACAACCUGGAAGGCUUAUUUGGAGCGGAACAAGGCCUCGCUUUAA